AUGUCGUCUAAUACUGACAAUGAAGUACAUGAUCCAGUAGCAAAUUUACAUAUGCAACCAUCGAGAGGUAUUCUUAAAUCAAAAAAAAGUUUUGAUGAUGGAAGAGAGGAUAUUCAACCUGAAACAGUCACACCAUCAUUAAUUAAUUGUCCAACAACUGGUAUGACUAGAUCUGAAAGUAAAAGUCAUAAAAUUCCGCAUUUUGAUGAAAUGAAUAUAAUUGCAACAUAUCAUCCACCCGAUAAAGAUUAUGGUCAUAUGAAAAUAGAAGAACCUAAAACGCCCUAUGCACCAAAUGAUAUUAUUGAUGAAGAAAUACUUCCGGAAGCAACAAAUGCAGGAAUUGAUCCUCUUACACUUGCACAACGAUUAAAUCAAUCAACAGUACCUUCACCGGAUUCUUCUCUAUCACGUCUCAGUCGUCACGUACGUAGAUCAAUUGAUGAAGUUAUUGAACUUUCACCAGAAGAAUUAGAACAUCGAAAACAAUUUGAAAGUCAUCGUAAACAACAUUAUAAUGAAUUUGAAAUUGUACGAUUACGUAAAAAAGAAAUUGAAGAUGAAUUACGUGCUCUUGAACAAGAAGAACAAAAAGAACCUACAACAACUGCUUCACAUGAAUCCGAUGGAGAAGAAAAAGGAAAUGAAACUGUAUCUUCAUCUCGUUCAUCAGUUGAUUCAAUAAAGCCAAUAUUAAUUCAUCAUCAUUCACGAGAUUCAUCAACAUCUUCUGGUCAUCAUCAUCAUGUACAUGUUGAAGCUGAUCAUGAUGAUGAACAAACAUUAACACCUGAAGAACGAGAACGAAAAAAACAAUUUGAAUUAAAACGUAAAAAACAUUACAAUGAAUUUCGUGUUGCACAUAUGGCUGAUCGAAACGAUGAUGAACCGGAUAUGACUGGAUGA